CCGUGACCCAGAAUCGGAACGUUAAAUGGCUUCUCCGCUUUCCCGCCGUGAGGUACUCGAGGUGACAACUUCCGUUUCCGUUUGGCUCCGGCUGCAGGAUUCAAUAUUGAAUGUCCUGAGAGGUCAGAUUGCUGUCAGACAUGGCCCAUGAACAUGGACAUGGUCACAGUAAAAUGGAACUUCCAGAUUAUAAACAAUGGAAGAUAGAAGGGACACCAUUAGAAAUUGUCCAAGAGAAGUUGGCUGCACGAGGGCUAAGGGAUCCAUGGGGCCGCAAUGAAGCUUGGAGAUACAUGGGUGGCUUUGCAAACAAUGUUUCCUUUGUUGGUGCAAUACUAAAAGGAUUCAAAUGGGGAUUUGCUGCAUUUGUGAUAGCUGUAGGGGCUGAAUAUUACCUGGAGUCCAAGAAUGAAGACAAGAAGCAUCACUGAAUAUAAUACCUGGAAGUAUCUUAGUGGCUUCUUCAUUCUCUUAUAAAGAUAAGAUUUCUUCACUGUACCUGCUGGUCUGUGUGUUUGUCCCUUAAAGAAUACUCGUAAGGUUUAAUAAAGAA